AUGUCUGGAGAAAACCGAAGCAACACACCAGUGACAGAAUUUCUCAUUGCUGGAUUUCCUGGAAUCCAAGACCAAGAAAGCAGGAAUACAUUGUUUGCUCUCUUCCUCACUGUCUACCUGUUCAUUAUAGUGGGGAAUUUCCUGUUGAUCCUUAUCUUUACAUCGGACCGAACUCUACACACCCCCAUGUAUAUUCUGGUCUGUGGACUGGCUGUUUUAGACAUUGCCAUCACGACUAACACCAUGCCUAGUAUGUUGGUUGUGUUUAGACUCAAAUCUCGAUCCACUCCCUUUACAACCUGUUUUGUUCAAAUUGUAUUUUUUCAAGGUUUGUUUUCAACAGAAUGCUUCCUUCUUUGUUUAAUGGCUUAUGAUCGCUAUAUAGCAAUUUGCAAUCCACUCCACUAUCCCAGUUUAAUGAGUAACAGUCGCAUCUCCAAACUGAUGGCUUGCUGCUGGGUGUCCGGCUUUAUUUGCGCCACACCACCUGUUGUUCUCACUCUCAGAUUUCCAUUCUGUCGGUCCAAUCAAAUUAAUCAUUGCUUCUGUGACUUUGCUUCGGUUCUGCUUUUAGCUUGUGGAGAUAUUGAAAUGACUGGCUUUGUAGUCUUGUCCAUUGGCUUGAGCGUGAUGUUUAUCCCUUUGAUUUUUAUUCUCUUCUCUUACAUUCGGAUCAUAUAUUCAGUGGUACAGAUCUCCAGUGCCGAGGGGCGACUUAAGGCUUUCUACACAUGUGGCACACAUAUGCUAGUCAUAUCUGUGUUCUUCUUAGUAGCUGGUGGAGUCUUCAUUUCAGACCGAAUUCCUGGCACAUCUAUGGACAUGAGGAUCAUGGGACUAUUAGUCCAGAAUGUCUUUCCAGCUCUAAUGAAUCCUAUUAUUUACUGUUUAAGGACCAAAGAGAUUAGAAAUAGUUUUGGAAAAACUUUAAGAAAAAGUAGAAUUAUACCAAAUAGUUUGACAAGUUAA